GGAUGCUUUGGUGGAGAAGUUAGUUGAGGAAAGGAAUAUUGAGGAAUUGACAAGUAUAAAGCUGAAACUAUAUGACAAGUGCAAAGAAAUCAAGGACUUUCCAAGAGGAGAGUUUUACUCUAGAAGAAAACCUAAAAGUUCGAGUGGUUUUAGCAGUCUUGAAGAACGUCUUGCUGAUGACGUUUAUGAGUUAAUGAACUGUCUCGAUACAGGAAUUGUGACAAGUGGAGUUAAAGCUUUGAUUAAGUUGGAUUCAACUACAAAUGUGGCUGACGCAAAUAACAAGGUCAAUCAUGAGCCUGGCAACAGUAUAAAAAAUUUCAAUGACGUAUCGCUAAUAAGUCCAAACAUUACAAAUCGUUCGUUAAGCGGUUGGUCAGGGUUGAAAAGCAAACUUUCGUCAAUGGAAUCCGAUCAAAUGUUGUUCCGUGAAAGAGUGCUUUCUGAAAUUAUGGAAUUAAAAACCAAAGUUACAGAGCUUGACUCCACCAUACAAGUACAAAAUGCGGAAAUAAAACAGCUUAAGUCAGAAAAUGAGCGUCUGCUUGGCAUGCAUCCUAGUAGCAAUAACAUGUUCUGCAAUAAUAAAUCUAUAAGCAAUUCUCAGGAAUCCAGUAACCAUGUUGGUCAGGAUAAGAAUUUAAGCAAGGAAAAUGAGGAUAUUGUCAAUAAUUACGCCACCACACAAAAUGUGUUGAACGUCCCUUUAUUGAAAGAACCCCGUUCAUACAGGUCGGCUGUUAUGUCAAACAGUCAGAAGCAAACAGAUGAAGUGAGUAAUCGCCGACCAAACAAAGAGCAAAAUCAGAAACAGGAAAGCAAAAAAAACCGCAAAAUCCAAAGGGAAUAA